AUGGCUUUCUUCCGCCACCUCCCGCACCUCCCGCACCCUCCACCUCCACGCCACCUCCCGCACCCGAUGGCUUUCUUCGGCGGCAGCAGCAGCACCGGUGGCGGCGCCGCCGACGACGCCCCCGGCGCAUGGCCGACGAGCAUCGGAGGGCCGGAGACGGAGGAGCUCCACCACUACUGCCUCCUCGUGCCGCCGGGCUGCCGUCUACCGCGCAACUGGAAGAUCGACGCGGAGGGCUUUGCGACGUUGGGUCCCGGCGCGACGGAGGAGGAGCUCCGCAACCACAGCGGCGGCCGGCACAACAUCGAAGGCCGAAAGCGGUUUUGGCGCGGGAAGGACUAUUGGGAGGUGAUGGCGGCCUUCCGCCUUGCCGCGGCCGGCGAGACCCCCGAUCUGACGGGCCGCAGCGGGCGUCUUCGCGCACCACCUCCACCGCAAUAUCGCCGCAGACGUGGCGGCGGCCACGGUGUCUACCCGGCACGGGCGCCCGCGCCGGCCGCCCCUUCCUUGCCGCCGGGGAUCGAGUUGCCGCCGGAGCAGGUCAUCCUCCGCGAGGACGGUGAUCCGGAUGACACGCCGGGGUACCACGUCGCCCUACGGGCGUCGGAGGCUGUAGCGGCGGCGGCGGAGGCGAUGGAGGCCGCCGAGAUUGCGGACGCAAUCCAGGCGGCCGAGGCGGCGCAGCAGGCGGCGAUGGUGGCGCCGGAGUGGCAGCAGGAGUGGCAGCAAGCGCCGGCGGCGGCGGAGGAGGAGGAUUCCGACGACGAUCCGAUAGACUGGGACGACCUCGCGAACCGGUCCAGCAGCGACGAUGACGGCGGCGACGGCCCGGCCGUCAUUGACCUCGUCAAUAGCGACGACGAGUAG